AUGCGCGUGCUCACCUUGCGGGCAGCUGCCGCAGCCGCAGCCGCAAGCCUUUCCUGUUGGGCCUUUCGUUCUGCUCGCGCUUCUGGAGGAACUCUCUUGAGGAGAGCAGCCAAGGCCAAACGCAAGGUCAUUUUCCAGCGCGCUGAACAGUAUGUGAAGGAGUGUGUUGCCAAGGAGAAGGAGGAGAUCCGUCUGAAGCGGGCGGCGCGUGCUGCGGGUGACUUUUAUGUCCCCGCCGAGGCAAAGGUCUACUUCGUCAUCCGUAUCCGGGGGUGUAUUGUGCCGAAGCGCCGCACAAUCUUGCAGCUUCUCCGUCUGCUUCAGAUCAACAAUGGUACGACUGAGCAGAUACUUCGUCUCGUUGAGCCUUACAUGGCAUAUGAUGAGCCAAACCUGAAGUCUGUCCGCGAGUUGAUCUACAAGCGCGGCUAUGGCAAAAUCAACAAGCAGCGCAUUCCUCUGACCAACAACGCUGCUAUUGAGGAGGCGCUUCGCAAGUUCAGCAUUCUUUCGGUAGAGGAUCUUAUCCACGAGAUAUCUAGAGCAGGUCCCAACUACAAGCAGGGUGGCGACUUCGGCAACCGCGAGGAGAACAAGCUCAUUAGGCAAAUGAACUGA